UAUACCCACAUCGAUAUACACCGAAAUAUGAAAUUAGCAAAUGAUUUCGUAUAUUUUUAAAAUGACAUAAACCAGUAUCGUUUGGUCUUUGAAGAACGCAUAUCGCACUGUUUGUAUAUAGAUAUUGUUUUAUUUGUUCACGAUAUUACGUUCUCAUUUUGUCUUCAGUUAUAAAAGACAGUACAAUACAUUAAAUUGUAUACAGUUCUCUACCCAAAUUCCAAACAAACAGUUACGAUUUCAAUAAUAAUAGAAAACAGUUCUUCUAUCAAACUCUUCCAAAAUGGGUAUUAAAACAUUCACUAUAGCUGUGGUAAUUUUGACCUUUCUAAGCACGUCAUUUCAAGGAGCAAAUGCACUAAAGUGUUGGAAUUGUAUAACGGGUGUUAAAGGUUGUGAUGAUCCGUUUGAUCCAAAUGAAAUCAGCAAUCAACUUCUGACAGACUGUCCCUGGGUAUGCGUCAAGACUGUUAAUGGUUAUAAUAACCAGAUGUUUGGAGAAGGGAAAGUGUACGCUCGAAGCUGCAACAUUGAGAAUAUUUGUGAUGUGCAUACAUCAGAUUUCUGUGAAACUUGCAAAACCGAUGGUUGCAACGGCUCAGCACAAAAUGGAGCAACUUGUGAAAUUGUCAUCAAUUCAACGGCAUUAGCCAUAUCUACUGGGAUUCUUUAUGGGAUUUUAAUCUCAUAGAACUGAACGAAAUAAUUUGCAACAAGCAAAAUAUAUAUUUAACAGCUGUUUAUAAAUAGACAUUUGGAGAUUUUAUAAAUAAAAAUGAUCGCAAUUCACUUGAUAG